AUGAUGGGGUCACGAAUCGAAUUAUACACACAAUUUUUGGAUGGUUGGAAAACGAUGAGGAGUGGUUUAUCAGAAGAAAAUGCCACAUGGAUAUUCAGUGAGAUGAUUUCCGGUAUGGUAUCGCUGAAAAAGUUUGAAAUUGAGAACUUCUCGAAAAAGAAUAAAUGGGCGACUCCGAACAAAAGAGAAGCAUUUCCUUUGUAUCUAUCAGAUCGACCUGUAAAGGAUGGUAGUUUGACAGUAGAAGCAAAACCAAUGUUUGAACUUGACAAGCAGAUAGAGAUGAUUUGUGGCCCUUCGUUUCCUAAAGCUCUUGUUAGUGAGCUGAAAUUGAAGAUGAACAUUGCUGAUAUCGCAAGAACUUCACAAAAACGAAGAUUCGGUCAGGAGGUGAAUGGUAGUGGUAAUGAGCCGAGUACCAGCAAUUCAGUAGAAAAGAACCAAGAAUCUUCAAGAAACCAGAAUCGAUCGAAAAGCCAACAACCAACAACAUCAUCAAACAGAAUGGUCACAAUUCGAGAAAUGGAUGUUGCGCUGCAGGAAACUCCUGUUCUAAAAAGAACAGAAGUUCAAAGUAACCAAGGAUUGACAACUUCAAAUUCUGCUCCCGCAGAAUCAAGACCCAGAUCUCGAAAAAUGUGUUCCGGAUUUGGACUCAUGUUCGACGGAAAUGGUCAAACCAGAAUAACUGUUAGUCGAACAUCUUCGUUCGAUGGUGGAAGACUCCGAAUGAUACCAAAUAGGGCAGAAGUUCCUCAACAACCAUCGGAGUUCUUUCCAGCACUGAAAAACGUUGUGCAAAAUGAAUCCACAAAUGAUCAACCAAAAUUGAUGGGUAUUUUGGUAACAAGAAAUGAAAAGGGAGAAUACAUUCCAAUUGGAUUAACGCCAUUGACUGUUUCUCAGCUAACUUCUGGAAACCGACAAAUCCUUCAAAAUGUUGUUCUUGAGGAACCGGUCACAGAAUUGGAGCUGGUUACUGAUAGCCGUUCAUUAGAGCCCGCAAGCCCAAGUCGAGUGGAUCCAAGACGUCCGGAAGAUGACCGUUUGUCCACAAAUGCAGUUUGUUCUGGAAGCACAACAAGCGACUCUGGAUUGAGCUCUACAUCUGAACAAGGUCACGCCUCGACUCGUUCAAGUUCUCCUGGUUCCAAAGUUUCCCAGCGUCCAUCUGAAAAGGCUAAAAAAGGGAAACAAGAUGUUCAGAACUCUGGUUUGAGUUCUCCAUCCGAGCAAAGCAACGUGUCGACUCGAUCCAGUUCCCGCGGCAACAAAAAUUGCUCUUCUGGAAACGAGAAAACUGAGGGAAAAUAUGACCAUAGUACCGAAUUGAACACCUUAUCUGAAUAUCACCAAAAAGCUCGCCCUCAGUCAUAUGCGUCUGUUGUCUCAAGCCAUGCCACUAGAGAUUAUGACAGAACAAACACGCCAGCCCUUGCUGUGGCUUCCUCCUCUUCCACUAGUGUUGCCAUAGCAGCAAAUCUGUUGGGAGAUGAAAAAGAGGAGGAAACACUUGUGAUGUCAUUAAGACAGGGGAAUAUUGGAAGAAAGCCAAGUGACGAUAGCUGGAUUGUGGUCAAACCAAAGAAUCCGCUAGAAACAAAUGAGUCUUUGUUCCCCACAUCAUCGUUGAAUUCAAGAUUGUGUGAACCGUCUACUUCUUAUGCUGUCUCGAAAAAUUCUAGAAUCGAGAAGCCAAAUGCACUCAAUGAGUAUGUUUCAAAUUCUCAGACUCAAACAACUCCGAUUCUUAAUUCCAGUGUCGCUGAAAACUGGGACAAUGUAGUGGUGGAUGAACAAGCAGAGAAAGAGCAUGAGCUCAAACGGUUGAAGAGACAGAGUCACCGAGCGGCCAAAUUCAAAAAGGAAAAGGAGGAAAAGAGAGCUUCACGAUCUGAACAAUCUCGACAUGUGGAGCAGAAGAAUCUGAUGGCUGCUCAUGAAGAACCAAUUAUUGAAGAACAAACAUCUGAAAAUACAGUACGAACUGUCGCCUUGUAUGCUCCUUUGACUUCGAAUUUGAAUUUGAUGAGUUUAAUCAACGCCCAUAACGCCUUGAAAGAAGAAUAUCAAGGCACAUAUGACCCAGUGACCCAACAAUAUUCCGAUGGCCAUAUUUUCCACGAGUAUGCAGAUGAAAUUGAAACGGGAAAGAAUAGGCAGCCGAAAGACCUCAUUUUCGAGACAUCGGAGCUGCAUGCCAAAUUGGUAUUCAGACUUUUAUGGUUUGAGAACAAGAAAAAAUUGGAUAAGUGUAUUGUUGAUGACGCUACUCGAAUUCGGCUCCAAGACGCUCUUUCCAUGGUUCGAACAAUGAAAGAUCGUAUAGACAUGGCUGGCCAAAUGCUUGUUUGGCGGAUCACGCAUAUCAAUCUGUCAUCAAUGAAAGAAUUCAACAUUGUCUCGAUUGUCCGGAAUCUUAUCGAUGUACAGAGACAACACUUUGAAAAUGAUUUGAUGAUGGCAAGAACAAUGGGAGACCUUGUCGAUGAGGGAAAGCUGGUCAAAAAUUUUGUUUACGAAAAACACGUGUUCACUAUAUUGAAACUUCCGGAGCUUCUUGUACCAAAAUUGAAGGAAGGAAACGCAAAUUCCAGAACUUAUCAGGAUAUCACAACUCUCGUUUUAUUAUUCACAAAACGUGUAGAGAAACUUUAUGAGGAAUUUGGCAAACUGUAUGAGUUCAAAGUUGUCAAAGACCGUCAGCGAGGUCGACGAGGUUAUUGA